AUGAAGUGUGUUGAGUUAGCUGAGACCUCGCCUCCGACUGCUGUAAAAGAUGCUUUUAGACGCUUUAAAGAAAUACCUGCCCAGUCGGCCUUCGAGGAAUUUGCCAAGAGAUUAGAAAACCAACGCAGGGGGUAUUCGUCCGAAACGCCGCGAAAAAAUGUUGGCGAUAGGGUCGCAACUCUUGGCUCGGACGGAAUGGUAUGUUGUGACGACGAUAACGGCAUUUUUUUCGGCCGUUUUAGCGGCUUAUAAUAACCAUUGGAAGCUAAGAACCUCGCCAGACGAUUGGUGGUUCUGUGUUGUAAAGAAAGUUUCUUUGGCGAUUGAUAAAAAUGCUGAAAAGAAAGCAGUUCGUGAUUUGUUUGUGGAACAUGAAGGGAAGAAGAAACUAUGUGUUGAUGUACCCACAACGUGCAUCUACGAUGUCGAUUACAG